GGCUAUUCUCCAACCAUGAUUGAGUAUAUUAAGCACCGAUUUGGGCGGAUUUAUUCCGAGUCAAUUUUAGGCAGAUUCCAAAGGGGUACCAUCAUAGAUUUCGGGCGAUUUAUCCAAAAUGCCAUUUUCUUUCGAUUCUGGAGGCUACAGAUCACGGAAUCUGGUCGAGGCUAUUCUCCACCGAUAAUGAAGUCUGCUCAUCUUAUUCUCCACGGAUGAUAAGUCCGUUAAGCAUCGAUUUGGGCCAAUUUAUUUUCGGAUGACAUUUUCGUAAUUUCUUGGGCGAUGAAAAGCCAUUUUCUUUGGAUAUUGAAGGCUACAGAUCACGGAUUCGGCCUGAGGCUAUUCUCCAACGAUGAUUGAGUCCAUUAAGCACCGAUUUGGGCGGAUUUAUUCCGGGUCAAUUUUUGGCAGAUUCCAAAGGGGUACCAUCACAGAUUUAGGGCGAUUUAUCCGAAAUGCCAUUUUCUUUCGAUUCUGAAGGCUAAAGAUCACGGAUUCCGGCCAGGAUAUUCUCCACCGAUAAUGAAGUCUACUGAUCUUAUUCUCCACGGAUGAUAAGUCCGUUAAGCAUCGAUUUGGGCCAAUUUAUUUUCCGAUACAUUUUCGUAAUUUCUUGGGCGACGAAAAGCCAUUUUCUUUGGAUAUUGAAGGCUACAGAUCACGGAUUCAGCCUGAGGCUAUUCUCCAACCAUGAUUGAGUCCAUUUAGCACCGAUUUGGGAGGGUUUAUUCCGGGUCAAUUUUUGGCAGAUUCCAAAGGGGUACCAUCACAGAUUUCGGGCCAUUUAUCCGAAAUGCCAUUUUCUUUCGAUUCUGGAGGCUACAGAUCAACGAAUCAGGCAGGCUAUUCUCCACCGAUAACGAAGUCUAUUGAUCCUAUUCGCCACGGAUGGUAAUUCCGUACAGCAUCGAUUUGGGCCAAUUUAUUUUCGGAUGGCAUUUUCGUAAUUUCUUAGGCGACGAAAUGCCAUUUUCUUUGGAUAUUGAAGGCUACAGAUCACGGAUUCGGCGUGAGGCUAUUCUCCAACCAUGAUUGAGUCCAUUAAGCACCGAUUUGGGCGGAUUUAUUCCGGGUCAAUUUUAGGCAGAUUCCAAAGGGGUACCAUCAUAGAUUUCGGGCGAUUUAUCCAAAAUGCCAUUUUCUUUCGAUUCUGGACGCUACAGAUCACGGAAUCUGGCUGAGGCUAUUCUCCACCGAUAAUGAAGUUUAUUGAUCCUAUUCUCCACGGAUGAUAAGUCCGUUAAGUAUCGAAUUGGGCAAAUUUAUUUUCAGAUGGCAUUUUCGUAAUUUCUUGGGCGACGAUAGGCCAUUUUCUUUGGAUAUUGAAGGAUACAGAUCACGAAUUCGGUCUGAGCCUAUUCUCCAACCAUGAUUGAGUCCAUUAAGCACCGAUUUGGGCGGAUUUAUUCCGGGUCAAUUUUUGACAGAUUCCAAAGGGGUACCAUCACAGAUUUCGGGCGAUUUAUCCGAAAUGCCAUUUUCUUUCGAUUCUGGAGGCUACAGAUCACGGAAUCUGGCAGAGGCUAUUCUCCACUGAUAAUGAAGUCUAUUGGUCUUAUUCUCCAUCGAUGAUAAGUCCGUUAAGCAUCGAUUUGGGCCAAUUUAUUUUCGGAUGGCAUUUUCGUAAUUUCUUGGGCGACGAAAGGCCAUUUUCUUUGGAUAUUGAAGGCUACAGAUCACGGAUUCAGCCUGAGGCUAUUCUCCAACGAUGUUUGAGUCCAUUAAGCACCGAUUUGGGCGGAUUUAUUCCGGGUCAAUUUUUGGCAAAUUCCAAAGGGGUACUAUCACGGAUUUUGGGCGAUUUAUCCAUAAUGCCAUUUUCUUUCGAUUCUGGAGGCUACAGAUCACGGAAUCAGGCCGAGACUAUUCUGCACCGAUAAUGAAGUCUAUUGAUCCUAAACUCCACUAAUGAUAAGUCAGUUAAGCAUCGAUUUGGGCGAAUUUAUUUUCGGAUGACAUUUUCGUAAUUUCUUAGGCGACGGAAGGCCAUUUUCUUUGGAUAUAGAAGGCUACAGAUCACUGAUUCGGCCUGAGGCUAUUAUCCAACGAUGAUUGAGUCCAUUAAGCACCGAUUUAGGCAGAUUUAUUCCGGGUCAAUUUUUGGCAGAUUCCAAAGGGGUACCAUCACAAAUUUCGGGCGAAUUAUCCGAAAUGCAAUUAUCUUUUGAUUCUGGAGGCUACAGAUCACGGAAUCAGGCCGAGGCUAUUCUCCACCGAUAAUGACGUCUAUUGAUCCUAUUCUUCACAGAUGAUAAGUCCGUUAAGCAUCGAUUUGGGCCAAUUUAUUUUCGGAUGACAUUUUCGUAAUUUCUUGGGCGACGAAAGGCCAUUUUCUUUAGAUAUUGAAGGCUACAGAUCACGGAUUCGGCCUGAGGCUAUUCUCCAACGAUGAUUGAGUCCAUUAAGCACCGAUUUGGGCGAAUUUAUUCCGGGUCAAUUUUUGACAGAUUCCAAUGGGUACCAUCACAUAUUUUGGGCGAUUUAUCCGAAAUGACAUUUUCUUUCGAUACUGGAGGCUACAGAUCACGGAAUCAGGCCAGGCUAUUCUCCACCGAUAAUGAAGUCUAUUGAUCCUAUUCUCCACAGAUGAUAAGUCCGUUAAGCAUCGAUUAGGGCCAAUUUAUUUUCGGAUUGCAUUUUCGUAAUUUCUUGGGCGACGAAAGGCCAUUUUCUUUGGAUAUUGAAGGCUACAGAUCACGGAUUCGGACUGAGGCCAUUCUCGAACGAUGAUUGAGUCGAUUAAGCACCGAUUUGGGCGGAUUUAUUCCGGGUCUAUUUUUGGCAGAUUCCAAAGGGGUACCAUCACAGAUUUCGGCCGAUUUAUUCGAAAUGUCAUUUUCUUUCGAUUCUGGAGGCUACAGAUCACGGAAUCUGGCCGAGGCUAUUCUCCACCGAAAAUGAAGUCUAUUGAUCCUAUUCUCCACGGAUGAUAAGUCCGUUAAGUAUCGAUUUGGGCCAAUUUAUUUUCGGAUGGCAUUUUCUUAAUUUCUUGGGCGACGAAAAGCCAUUUUCUGUGGAUAUUGAAGGCUACAGAUCUCGGAUUCGGGCUGAGGCUAUUCUCCAACGAUGAUUAAGUCCAUUAAGCACCGAUUUGGGCGAAUUUAUUCUGGGUCAAUUUUUGGCAGAUUCCAAAGCGGUACUAUCACAGAUUUCGGGCGAUUUAUCCGAAAUGCCAUUUUCUUUCGAUUCUGGAGGCUACAGAUCACGGAAUCUGGCCGAGGCUGUUCUCCAUCGAUAAUGAAGUGUAUUGAUCCAAUUCUCCACGGAUGAUUAGUCCGUUAAGCAUCGAUUUAGGCCAAUUUAUUUUCGGAUGACAUUUUCGUAAUUUCUUGGGCGACGAAAGGCCAUUUUCUUUGGAUAUUGAAGGCUACAGAUCACAGAUUCGGCCUGAGGCUAUUCUCCAACGAUGAUUGAGUCCAUUAAGCACCGAUUUGGGCGGAUUUAUUCCGAGUCUAUUUUUGGCAGAUUCCAAAGGGGUACCAUCACUGAUUUCGGGCGAGUUAUCCAAAAUGCUAUUUUCUUUCGAUUCUGGAGGCUACAGAUCACGGAAUCUGGCCGAGGCUAUUCUCCACCGAUAAUGAAGUUUAUUGAUCCUA